CCACGAAAGCCGCCGAAUCUCUGGCACGUUUAUAAGGUGGCACUGUAGUGUGGGGCGUCACGUAACGUCUCCAGCCCUGGCCCCGGAGCCUCCUGUGCUUCCAGGAGUGGCAGCGCCCAAGCCAUUCUCAGCCAACUGUGCGAUGCUCUGGAGUCAGGCCUGGCUGGGCUUUGAACACAGGUCGCUCAGGAACAAGGACCUAUUGCUGAAAAUACGGGGCCGAUGAUAGGAGACGAGGGCAUAAAAAUCCGUCCUUAACAUAACUGUGGAGACGGGGGGGGGGGUGAUGCACGUCUCUGACAAAACAAUUUGGGACCACCAAUAGCUUGGAGGCCUUGUGUCAAACAUCUCGUGGCCAUGUUUAGCUUCUGUUCCUGUUGAAGUGUUUAGUCGUUAACAUCAAACCUCUAAGGGGCCUUAAACACUGUUGGAGACCACCAUCCAAAGUCGCCUCAACAGCUACUUCUGUAAUGGCGCCUGCGUCAGACACUAACAUGGCGGAUCGAGUCGUGCGCGGCGCAAACGUCAGCAUCUCUACCCAAGCCGCUCGGAAACAGCAGAAGAGAGGGGGGCCGUCUUCACUGAUUGGCCUAUAGGUGGAGCGUGCCGGUCCUGACGCUCCUAUGCGAGCCAAUCAGGAAGAAGAGAAAAGGAAUUGGCCGCUGCGCCUUCUCCCGACGCAUGCUGGGAGCCUGGAGGACUAAGCGAGGAGGAGUUGAGAGAACGGAGCGGACGCCAUGGCGGCCGACAUCGAGCAGGUUUUUAGGUCUUUCGUGGUCAGUAAAUUCCGGGAAAUACAACAGGAACUUUCCAGUGGAAGGAGUGAAGGCCAGCUGAAUGGUGAAACAAAUACACCUAUUGAAGGAAACCAGGCAGGUGAUGCUGCUGCCUCUGCCAGGAACCUACCAAAUGAAGAAAUAGUGCAGAAGAUAGAAGAAGUACUUUCUGGGGUCUUAGAUACAGAACUUCGAUACAAGCCAGACUUGAAAGAGGCCUCCAGAAAAAGUAGAUGUGUAUCUGUACAGACAGAUCCUACUGAUGAAAUUCCCAGCAAAAAAUCAAAGAAGCAUAAAAAGCACAAAAACAAAAAGAAGAAGAAGAAGAAAGAAAAGGAAAAAAAAUUUAAGAGACAGCCAGAAGAAUCUGAGUCAAAGCCGAAAUCUCAUCAUGAUGGGAACAUAGAUUUAGAAUCUGAUUCCUUUUUAAAGUUUGAUUCUGAACCUUCAGCAGUGGCACUGGAGCAUCCUAUAAGAGCAUUUGGCCUAUCUGAGACCAGUGAAUCCUCUACAGUUGUGCUGGAACCUUCCAUAUCAUCAAUGGAGGUAUCAGAGCCACACAUCCUUGAAACUCUGAAGCCAGCUACAAAAACUGCAGAACUAUCAAUUGGAUCUACAUCAGUAAUCUCAGAGCAGUCUAUGGCAGCAACAUUGGAACCAUCUGUGACAAAGAUUGUCGAAUCCUUUGCAACAGCUCCUGUGCCUACAACAGUAGUGCUGAAGUCAUCCGAGCCAGUUGCAACAAUGUCUGUGGAGUAUCAGAUGAAGUCUGUGCUGAAAUCUUUGGAGCACAUAGCUCCAGAGCCAUCAAAGAUCAUGUUGGCAGAGCCUCUAGUAGCAAAAGAACUAGAGCCAUCAGAAACCCUUGUGAUAGUUUCAGAGACAUCUUCUGAGGUGCACCCUGAACCAAGCACAUCAACAACAGUGGAUUUUCCAGAAUCAUCUGCAACUGAAGUGCUAAGAUUGCCAGAGCAUCCUGUACCAUCAGAGAUCGCAGAUCCAUCUGUGACAAGACCUCAGGAGUUGCUGGAGCUGUCUAAGACCUCAGCGGUGGAGCUGCCGGAGUCGUCGGUGGCCUCUGUGCUGGAGUUGCCGGGGCCACCUGCGACUUCCAUGCCGGAGUUGCAGGGGCCCCCUGUGACUCCAGUGCUGGAGUUACCUGGGCCCUCUGCUACCCCGGUAUCAGAGUUGUCAGGGCCCCUUUCUACCCCAGUGCCUGAGUUGCCAGGACCCCCUGCGACAGCAGUGCCUGAGUUGGCAGGGCCCUCUGUGACACCAGUGCCACAGUUGUCGCAGGAAUUGCCAGGGCCUCCAGCACCAUCCAUGGGGUUAGAGCCACCACAGGAGGUACCAGAGCCACCUGUGAUGGUGCACGAGUUGCCAGGGCUGCCUGCAGUGUCAGCAACAGUAGAGUUGCCUGGGCAGCCUGCGGUAACAGUAGCAAUGGAGUUGACCGAACAACCUGUGACGACGACAGAGUUCGAGCAGCCUGUGGGGAUGACAGCGGUGGAACAUCCUGGGCAUCCUGAGGUGACAGCGACAACAGGGUUGCUGGGGCAGCCUGAGGCAACAAUGGUGCUGGAGUUGCCAGGACAGCCUGUGGCAGCAACAGCACUGGAGUUGUCUGGGCCGCCUUCGGUGGCUGGGGUGCCAGAGUUGCCUGGGCUGCCUUCGGCAACUAGGGCACUAGAGUUGUCAGGGCAGUCUGUGGCAGCUGGGGCACUAGAGUUGCCUGGGCAGCUCAUGGCAACUGGGGCACUGGAGUUCUCGGGGCAGUCUGGGGCAGCUGGAGCACUGGAGCUUUUGGGGCAGCCUCUGGCAACAGGGGUGCUGGAGUUGCCUGGGCAGUCUGGGGCGCCAGAGUUGCCUGGGCAGCCUGUGGCAACUGUGGCGCUGGAGAUCUCUGUUCAGUCUGUGGUGACAACAUCGGAGCUGUCCACGAUGACCAUGUCGCAGUCCCUGGAGGUGCCCUCGACGACAGCGCUGGAAUCCUAUAAUACGGUAGCACAGGAGCUGCCUACUACAUUAGUGGGGGAGACUUCUGUAACAGUAGGCGUGGAUCCCUUGAUGGCCCAGGAAUCCCAUAUGUUAGCUUCUAACACCAUGGAGACCCAUAUGUUAGCAUCCAACACCAUGGACUCCCAGAUGCUAGCAUCCAACACCAUGGACUCCCAGAUGCUAGCGUCCAACACCAUGGACUCCCAGAUGUUAGCCUCUAGCACCAUGGACUCCCAGAUGUUAGCAACCAGCUCCAUGGACUCCCAGAUGUUAGCAACCAGCUCCAUGGACUCCCAGAUGUUAGCAACCAGCUCCAUGCGUUCCAUGAUGUCUCCAAUGGCUGAGCGCUCUAUGAUGUCAGCUUAUGAACGCUCUAUGAUGUCAGCUUAUGAGCGUUCCAUGAUGUCCCCAAUGGCUGAUCGAUCUAUGAUGUCUAUGGGUGCCGACCGGUCUAUGAUGUCAUCAUACUCUGCUGCUGAUCGUUCAAUGAUGUCAUCGUACUCUGCAGCUGACCGGUCUAUGAUGUCAUCUUACACUGCUGAUCGUUCAAUGAUGUCUAUGGCAGCUGAUUCUUACACUGAUUCUUACACUGAUACAUAUACAGAGGCAUAUAUGGUGCCACCUUUGCCUCCUGAAGAGCCCCCAACAAUGCCACCAUUGCCGCCUGAGGAACCACCAAUGACUCCACCAUUGCCUCCAGAAGAGCCACCAGAGGGUCCAGCAUUAACCAUGGAGCAGUCGGCAUUGACAGCUGAAAAUACUUGGCCUGCAGAAAUGCCAGCAUUACCUCCAGAAGAGAGUGUAUCACAGCCUGAGCCUCCUGUGAGUCAAAGUGAGAUUUCAGAGCCUUUAGCAGUGCCUACUAAUUAUUCAGUGUCAGAAUCAGAGUCUUCAGUGUUAGUGUCAGAGGCUGUUGUGACUAUCACAGAACCACCUCAAGAGCCAGAGUCUUCAGUUAUAUCAACACCUGUUGAGUCUGCUGUAGUAGCAGAAUAUGAAAUUGUUCCAGAGAGACCAGUGACUUGUAUUGUAUCUGAAACACCCAUAUCACCUGAACCAGCUGUGUUAACAUCAGAGCCUCCUGUUAUGACAGAGACAAUAGAAACGUUGGAUUCCACGCAAUUUGAAGGACAUGUUUCCUCAGAGACAUCUAUGUCCCUGAUAGACCCAACUGUAACUUUUCCAGAGCCAGCAGAGAACAUUCAGGAGCUUCCAGCCAUGGCAGUUCCAGAGCCUCCUGCAGUGGCUAUCCCAGAGUCUCCUGCUGUGGGUGUCCCAGAGUCUCCUGCCAUGGCUGUUCCAGAGUCGCCUGCUGUGGCUGACCCAGAGUCACCUGCUCUAGCUAUCCCAGAGUUACCUGCCAUGGUUGUCCCAGAAUUGCCUGCCAUGCCAAAGCCAGAACCACCAGCUGUGGCUGUCUUUGAGCUUCCGAGUGUGGCUGAGCCAGAGCAUGUUACUGUUCCAGUGUCAGCUGUUUCUGCUCUGGAUCCUGCUGUGUCUGUCUUAGAACCAGCAGUAUCAGUCCUUCAACCUACGGUGAUUGUUUCAGAACCAUGUAUUUCUGUCCAGCAGUAUUCUGUGACAGUUUUAGAACCUGCUGUCACUGUCUCAGAGCAGACUCAAAUAAUAUCAACUGAGAUGGUUUUAGAGUCUAUACCAGUGAUAGCAGAAUCUAGUGUUUCAUCAUCACAUGUUAUGAAAGGGAUGAAUUUGCUAUCUGGUGAUCAAAAUCUUGCUCCAGAGAUUGGCACGCAGGAGACUCUGUUGUAUUCAGGUGAAGAGACACAUGCUGAAGGACACCUGAAAAGUGACUCUUAUGAAAGUGAACAUGGUCUAAAUGUGGACUUUAAUAUAAAUAAUCAUUUAAUUGCUAAAGCUAUGGAAAGUAAUAUGUCUACUGCUAGCACUGAUUCUGUUAGUGGGAUUGGUGAAGAGAAAAUUUUGCCCAUCAAUGAAACUAAUAAGUGCACAGUAUUAGAUACCUGCCUUGGUGUUAGUCAAGCUGAUGGAGGAGGAUCUCUGUCUUCUGCCAGUCCUCUUGCUCUAGAACCUGAUACACCAGGAACUAAUAAGGGUGUUGAGUUUGUCAUGGCAACUGCUAUCACUACAAUUAAUAAAUAUGAUGAUGUUUCUUUAACUACCCAAGAUACUGAACAUGACAUGGUAAUUUCCACCAGCCCCGGUGGUGUUGGUGAGGCAGACAUAGAGGGACCUUUGCCUGCUAAAGACAUUCAUUUUGAUUUACCAUCUAAUAAUCUUGUUAGUAAGGAUAUAGAAGAACCGUUAUUUGUAAAGGAGAGUGACCAGGUAUUACCAAUUGCUCUCAGCCCUAAAGAAAGUGGAGAAGAUGAAGUACCUCUCCCUUCUAAAGAGAUAGUGUCUGAUUCAGGAUUUUGUGCUAACAUUGAUGAAAUUAAUGAAGCAGAUUUAGUGAGACCGUUACUUCCUAAGGACAUGGAACGUCUUGCAAGCCUUAGGGCUGGUAUUGAAGGACCUUUACUCCCAAGUGAAGCUGAACGUGACAAAUCAGCUGCCAGUCCAGUUGUAAUUAGUAUACCAGAAAGAGCUUCAGAAUCGUCUUCAGAGGAAAAAGAUGAUUAUGAAAUUUUUGUUAAAGUUAAAGAUACACAUGAAAAAAGUAAGAAAAAUAAAAACCGUGACAAAGGCGAGAAAGAGAAGAAAAGAGACUCUUCUUUAAGAUCUCGGAGUAAGCGUUCCAAGUCUUCUGAACACAAGUCCCGUAAACGAACCAGUGAGUCUCGUUCUAGGGCAAGGAAGAGAUCAUCUAAGUCCAAGUCUCAUCGAUCUCAAACACGUUCACGGUCACGUUCAAGACGAAGGAGGAGGAGCAGCAGGUCAAGAUCAAAGUCUAGAGGAAGGCGAUCUGUAUCAAAAGAGAAGCGCAAAAGAUCUCCAAAGCACAGAUCCAAGUCCCGGGAAAGAAAAAGGAAAAGAUCAAGCUCCAGGGAUAACCGAAAGACAGGAAGAGCCCGAAGUCGAACCCCAAGUCGUCGAAGUAGGAGUCACACUCCUAGUCGACGAAGAAGAUCUAGAUCUGUGGGUAGGAGGAGGAGUUUUAGCAUUUCCCCCAGCCGCCGGAGCCGCACCCCCAGCCGACGUAGCCGCACCCCCAGCCGAAGGAGCCGUACCCCCAGCCGAAGGAGCCGCACCCCCAGCCGAAGGAGCCGCACCCCCAGCCGAAGGAGCCGCACCCCCAGCCGAAGGAGUCGCACCCCCAGCCGAAGGAGCCGCACCCCCAGCCGUCGGAGGAGAUCAAGGUCUGUAGUAAGAAGACGAAGCUUCAGUAUAUCACCAGUCAGAUUAAGGCGAUCAAGAACACCCUUAAGAAGAAGGUUUAGUAGAUCUCCCAUUCGUCGUAAAAGAUCAAGGUCUUCUGAAAGAGAACGUCUAACAGAUUUGGAUAAGGCGCAGUUACUUGAAAUAGCCAAAGCUAAUGCAGCUGCCAUGUGUGCUAAGGCUGGUGUUCCCUUACCGCCAAAUCUAAAGCCUGCACCUCCACCUACAAUAGAAGAGAAAGUUGCUAAAAAGUCAGGAGGAGCUACUAUAGAAGAACUAACUGAGAAAUGCAAACAGAUUGCACAGAGUAAAGAAGAUGAUGAUGUAAUAGUGAAUAAACCUCAUGUUUCGGAUGAAGAGGAAGAAGAACCUCCUUUUUAUCAUCAUCCCUUUAAACUCAGUGAACCCAAGCCCAUUUUUUUCAAUCUAAAUAUUGCUGCAGCAAAGCCAACUCCACCAAAAAGCCAGGUAACAUUGACAAAAGAAUUUCCUGUGUCAUCUGGAUCUCAGCAUCGAAAGAAAGAAGCUGACAGUGUUUAUGGAGAGUGGGUUCCUGUAGAGAAAAAUGGAGAAGAAAACAAAGAUGAUGAUAAUGUUUUCAGCAGCAAUUUGCCCUCGGAGCCUGUGGACAUCUCCACUGCAAUGAGUGAACGUGCACUUGCUCAGAAAAGACUCAGUGAGAAUGCAUUUGAUCUUGAAGCCAUGAGCAUGUUAAAUCGCGCUCAAGAACGGAUUGAUGCCUGGGCUCAGCUGAACUCUAUUCCUGGCCAGUUCACAGGAAGUACAGGAGUACAAGUUCUGACACAAGAACAGCUGGCCAAUACUGGCGCUCAAGCCUGGAUUAAAAAGGAUCAGUUCUUAAGAGCAGCCCCAGUUACUGGAGGAAUGGGAGCCGUUUUGAUGAGAAAAAUGGGCUGGAGAGAAGGAGAAGGAUUAGGAAAAAAUAAAGAAGGAAAUAAAGAACCUAUCCUAGUUGAUUUUAAGACAGACCGAAAAGGUCUUGUUGCUGUAGGAGAAAGAGCACAAAAGAGGUCUGGGAAUUUCUCUGCUGCAAUGAAAGAUCUAUCAGGCAAACAUCCUGUGUCUGCCUUGAUGGAAAUCUGUAAUAAGAGAAGGUGGCAACCACCUGAAUUUCUCUUGGUCCAUGAUAGUGGCCCUGAUCAUCGCAAACAUUUUCUCUUUAGGGUAUUGAGAAAUGGAAGCCCUUACCAGCCCAAUUGUAUGUUUUUCUUGAAUAGGUAUUGAUAAAUGGAAGCGCUUACCAGCCCAGCUUUGCCAGCCCUAAUAAGAAGCAUGCUAAAGCCACAGCAGCUACUGUGGUUCUUCAAGCAAUGGGCCUUGUACCAAAGGACCUCAUGGCUAAUGCCACUUGCUUCAGGAGUGCCUCACGUAGAUAGAUUGAGGUUUUAUAUUAAUCAUUUCAGAUAAUUUUACUCUGCAUCACAAUGUAUUUCCUCUUUAAUGUUGUAAAUAUUUGGCAAUUUAAGACAUUGUGUAAAAAGCAAUUCUGUACAAACAUCUCCAGGCUUUGAUUUUUGUACCAUGGAAAUUGUAUUUAACCAUACAGGGUUUUGGUAUGUUUAUAUUGUUUACCUUAGUGAUGUAUUUGUUUAAGUGGCUAACAUCCAAACAAUUGUUUGAAGGCAUCAGUAAUCUUCAGUGUGGAAUGUUAAAUAACGCUUUUAUACUGUAUUUUGUACUAUGAUGUAACUCCCCUUCCUUAUGGCUAGGCUGCUGUAACACUUGCCUGUAAUCAGUGAAGGGCUGUGCACCUUGUACUAUUUCAAAAUGGGUUCUGCUGGACAGAUACUGGGCCAGUGUUGAGGUAAUCAAGCAAGAUCUGUUCCACAGGGCUAAUGCCACCAUCCUCCCUUAAAAUUUUGUAGAGGUUAUAAAAAGAAAGUGAUAUGUUGUGUGAUGAUCAGCACUAAGUCCUGCAUUCCCAUUAAAGCCACUUGGGUCAUAAGAAGGGAGUCAAAAUGAAGUCUGACUAGAAAUCUACUGCAGAGGCCAAGUACAUUUAGUAUGGCUUGAGUUGUGAUAUAGUUUUACUUUGAUGUGCAUUUUGAAUUUCAGCUACACCUAGGUAGACGUAAAAUAAUUAAAAAAUGCUGUAACCAACUUAUCUAAUAAAAUUGGCAACCAGCCACUAUUUUGUUGACUAUGA